AUGACAUCAAUGAACAGAAUAUCUAUUAGUAAAGAGAAUGCAUUAACCAAUGGAACGGAAAAUGAAGUGACCAAUAAUGUGGAGGGUGGAGUUACCGAUGAUGGAGAGAAUGCAGUUACCAGUGGUGAGAAUCGAGACGCUAAUGCUGAAGAGAAUGGAGUUACCAAUUGUGAGGAGAAUGGAGUGACUAAUGGUGUUUUAAAGAAACAUCAGCAUGACACCAAUAGAUUUGCUGCAGAUAGUACCGCUAAAAAGGUUAUCAACGACACGGCAGCCAAUCGAUCUUUGUCUCAGAAUGUAGCAACAAUUCCUGGCAAGACAGAUUUGGAGUUUCUUAGAAACGUGGUGGACAUCGUAAACAAGGGAGAGGACGUAAAGCGUGUGUGUGAUUUCCAUCAACCAGAGAACUUGAAGACAAUGUCAAAGGAUCUGAAGAUCAUAGAGGACUCUGCAAGUGAAGACAGGCUAUUGGACAUGUGUAAAGAUGUCAUACAAUACAGUGUGACUACGUCAAAUCCAAGAUUUUUUAACCAGUUGUACGGAGGGAUGGACCAGUACACCUUAGGUGGGGCCUGGGUGACGGAGGCUCUCAACCCUAGUCAGUACACGUAUGAAGUAUCUCCAGUUUUCACACUGAUGGAGGAAGAAGUUUACAAGAAAAUGCUACAUUAUAUUGGGUUUGACGGCGGGGGCUCAAUGGGGAAUUUGUAUGGCAUGAAUGUUGCACGCUACGCUAAAUUCCCAGAAAUCAAAACCAAAGGAUUAUACGCCAUACAGAAACCAUUGUGUGUCCUUACAUCUGAUAAGGAGAAUCGAACUAUAGUAAAGAGUCAAUCCUUUAAUAGAUCAUUUUUCAUUACUAUAAAAUUGCAGAAAAAAGGAAGUUAA